UUUUUUUAGUUUGACUUUAGUUCAUAAUAAUAAAAAAAUUAAUUGUAAUUAUUAUUUAGUUUGGUCCCAACUUUCGGUCACUGACGCCUAACUCUCUGCUUCAACCUUGUUCCCUUAGAUCCUUUCCAGCUACGCUUUACACACUCUCACUUCAACAGAUAUGUUCAAGAACCGAUUGCAAGAAUUGGCUCAAAGAAGCUGUUUUAACUUGCCAGCCUAUUCAUGUAUUCGUGAAGGGCCAGAUCACGCUCCUCGUUUUAAGGUAACUGUCAACUUCAAUGGAGAGACCUUUGAAAGUCCUACAUUUUGCUCUACUCUUAGACAGGCCGAACAUGCAGCAGCUGAGGUAGCUCUGAACACACUGGCGAAUAGAGGUCCUUCUAGAACAUUGGCAGCUAGAGUUCUGGACGAGACAGGAGUAUACAAAAAUUUGCUCCAGGAAACUGCCCACAGAGCUGGACUGAACCUUCCAGUUUAUAGGACCGUUCGUGCUGGACCAGGUCAUGUCCCUAACUUCUAUUGUACCGUUGAGAUUGCAGGAAUGUAUUUUGCUGGCGACCCAGCUAGAACCAAGAAACAGGCUCAGAAAAAUGCGGCAAUAGCUGCUUGGUCUGCAUUGAAAAAAUUGUCAGAGAAUCAUCAGUCAUCUUCCUCAGCUUCAUCCUCAUUUUCUUCCGAAUCUAAAAACAAUGAAGAACAGGAACACGUCAUUAUCGCCCGCGUCCUUGCAAGUUUACAUUCAUCUGGAUCAAAGAACUUUCCGAAAUAUGAUCAUCAACAUAGAUGGCAAAACUCCAAUACAGCCUCAUUGGUGUCAACCCAGCAAACUCCAGUGAUGUCUCCUAUGCAAUACCAACAUUGUGAAAUCUCUAAUUUCUCGCCUGAGUUGGUUCUUUAUCAGAUUUGGCAGCAUGAACAAAUCAUGCAGCAACAAAAUCGUCUGUUGGCACUAACCAUUCGACCUAUUAUUCCACCCGCUCCACAGUUAUAUCCUUUAAUGCCAUCUGUGAUCCCACCAGAUCACUAUCUUUGUUUUCCAGCUAACGAGUUAGCAUCAGUUCCCAUGAGACCGAAAUUUUCUAUUACCACUCCAAGGCCUCCGUUUUACUUUCCAAACCAAAUCGUUCCCGAGUUAAACACGGGGAGGUCAACCGUAAUCAUUAGAGAGAUACAAGAGGAAAAAACAGAAGAUCCCACAGCUUGCAACUUUAGCAAUGAGACAAGAGCCUCAUCAUCAGCUCCCGAGAUCGAGAGACAGAAGCACGAGGGCUCUAGAAGCAAUAGUAUUAGUAGUAGAAAUGAUGAACUGAGAGGAGAACAAAGUGCCAAAUCUGAAUGGGAUUCUCAUAGGAGCAUGAGAUUUGCACACAAACCAGUUAACAUUGAGCUGCAAAACCCAUCCAGGAUUGCCAUAGGACGUUCACAAACAAGUUCCAACCGAUGUUUUAGACCGCCAGCAGCUUCAUAUUCCUCGGUGAGAACCAUAAGCCCUACUUCAUCGACAGUGCACCAAAGGGAAGUACCUAUGACUGCUGCUUCAAGGCUGAGAACAGGGGUCCCACGAAGUCCGGGCAUGAUAAGAACAGCCACUCCUGUAAUCAAUAUAGCCCCACCUGUGAGAAUCAGAUCAGUAGUUCCGGUCUGCUCAGCUCCUCCAAGGAGGUUCAUGGCAGAGACGUCCAAAAGCAAGGAAAAAGAAGAUUCAAAACCAAAAGACAAAUGAUGUCUCAAGAACAAGCUCUGAACUUGGCCAUCUUAGUUGUUAAAUAUAAAUGUUGCUGAGUAUUGAAUAUAGAAUUUAAAAAGUGUAGUAGUAGUUUGUGCCAAAUAAUAUGUUGGAUGCUUUUGUAGAGAUUGUAAACAAAAACUCUACGAAUAGAUUCCAACCAGUAGUAGUAAUAGUAAAAAAAAUAAAAAAUUACAACUCAUAUAAGCUAUGAUUCCAAACCAA